AUGCUGAGCAGGAUGGAGAACGGGGAAUCCGAGCAGGAGAUAUUGCUAGCUUCGGAUGAGGACACUGGCACCAAAGCGGAGCCUCUUCCAAAGGUGGCCCAGGUCAUGAAUUUUGUUCUUGAAGGUUUCCAGAAUCAAACAGUGAAAGAUCUUUUCGAAUCCACGUGCGCUACCCUGUUCAAGCCUGACCACAUGGCUACCAUCAAAGUCGGGUCUGUUUGCAGUGGCUUGGGUGUAGCUGAAAUGGUGUUUGACCACUUGCACUAUGCCCUGCAAGAGUUACUCCAUGACGGGAAGGGUGUCCAGUUGAAGGCUUGGCCACAAAUUGGUAGUAGUAUGUUGUAUUCCUUGGUUGUGUUCAAACUAUCAUACCAAGUUAACUCAUGGUACCCACUAUCUCAUAGCCAAUCCCUGUCAGUUCGAGACCGUUUUCAUGUGCGAGAUCGAGGGGUGGAAACCCUAAAGGUCAGGCAAGGUUAUUUGGCGCAAAAUAGGUAA